GUCACGCUGGGCAGUGAUUUUUCCCACGAUGCAAACAAGAUAUAAACGCGCUCGUCCUCAAUUUGUUCUUCCUACAAGCAUGGAUCCCUCGGAAACCUCGGAAAUAAUCCACUUUAUACAUCAAUACCUUGGCUCAAACCCGAAUGCCUCAAGUGAAGAAAUCAUUGAAGCAUAUUGUGUGUCGGAACAAGGAAAUGCUCAUUGCGUUUGGUGUCCUUUUCUUGCUAUUCUGUUGGUUAUCUAUUCACUCAACUCUAAACCUAUACCGGUUUUCGUCUAUCUCUUCUAUUGCGUCUACCUCCCACCAGUAACCCAAAAUUAUACUGCAUUAAAGAGCGCGUUUAAGAAUACUUUGAUAAAACCUCGAGAGGACUAUGUCAACAUCUUUUUUCGUUAUCUGGAACAGUGUGCGAUUGAAUGGACACCGUAUCAGUUCUAUGCGCCUUACACAUCGCUCAUACAAGCCAGCGGCACUGGCAAGUCAAGACUGUUACGAGAAUUGGCAUUUGAAAAAGACGUCUUGGUGGUGUAUAUUUGUUUGCGUGGUUCAAUGUCAAGGGGUUAUCCAAAGCGUUCCAUCAUCGCUGAUGUAAUCACUGGAAGAGGUUUUUCAGUAGCUCACUAUCUAACCUUCUUAUUAGCUUUGUUUGGUGUGUGUUCAGAAUUCUUGGAUCAACAACUUCGUGAAAAUGCGGAAAAGACAUGUGGCCGUGUGUUUGACAUUCUUAUCAGUGAUAAAGAUGAUGAAACGUUCGAUUUGCAAAACUGUUUUUGGAAUAAGGUGAUGGAGCAGAUGAAAUUGCAAGAGGCUUUGAACAACGCAAUGACUGAUGUUGUAGAAAAUAUAGCAAAUCGCUAUAAAAACCUUAUGGUUACUUUAAAAAAAUUGAGCAACCCCUCUCCAUUUAAGAUGUUGUUAGCCUUUGACGAAGCUGGUGUAUUGGACAGCAACAAUAUUUCUGAUAACACGGGUAAUUUCUAUCGCUUACAGAACGCACUACAGGCUAUUCCACAUGGAAGGGAUGGCUGUUUUAUGGCACUUUUCAUAGACACUCUCUCAAAAGUUUAUUUCCCUCCUGCCCCACGCCACGACCCAUCCAGCAGACCCGGCGGAGGAGAAACACUGUACAAACCAUUUUACCUUCUUGAUGUAUUUGACUGCCACAUGCAACAACCAGUAAAUAUUACAGUUUCAUCAUCAAUAAAUCAAAUUCGCAAUAUAGGACGACCUCUUUGGGCAGCCAUUGAUGAAGAAGCUAUCAUAGAAUUUGCCAUGGAGAAAAUUCUUUGUAAUAGGGAGAAAGUUAGGUACAUAUAUGAGAAAAGAGAUACAAUCAUUGAGACGGUGACAGAAGCACUAGCAAUUCUUGGCCCACGACUUUAUUUGGAAAUCUCAAGUCUUUCACAGCAAGCCUCCAAGUUGGUUAGUAGUCAUAUGAGGAUUUUACGCCAUGUCGAUGAGGAGCGGGAAUCGCUUGUCACUACAUCUCCAAGUGAACCCAUAUUAGCCGAGGCUGCGAGUCAUAUCAUGAAUUAUCCUGGAAUAUUUGUACAAGUUUUGAAUCAUCUAGUUAACUCAAUCAGAAGUCAUGUCGUUGUAAACGCAGGUGAUCAAGGUGAGCUUGUGGGGAGAAUCUUGUGUCUGUUGGCAGUUGACAAGGCAAUUCAAUCAAAAUAUGAAUGCUGGAACAUGUACUCUCAGUCUAUCACUGUGCAAGAAUUUCUUGAUGCACUGGUUGGUUCACAGGCCUUUGAAAAGCUCAAGUCAGUGCUUGAUGAACAAGCCAACAGCAAUAAUUCUGUAAUGCUUCGCAAUAGUAAGAUCAGGUUCAACCACUUUGUAUAUGUUGACUUCACAUCCACAAGGAUGAACCUCAUUGACUUCUUCUUUCGUGGUGCAGCAAUAUUGUGUAAGCGCAAUCAAAAAGGAACAACAGAUCUGAUCAUUCCAAUUGCCAUGGUCCAGGAUGAUGAAACCCCAGUUACAGAGAAUAACCUGUCAUUCAUCAGUAUCCGAGUCAGAAAUCGAGAGACUGAUAGCCAGCCAACUGGUGAUGAUUAUCAGUUUAAACGACAAAGGACAGAUAAUAUAUUCAAACAGACAGCUCGUUAUAUUGGAAUUGACAGCAGUAUACCUUUCCCUUUACCCUAUCUUGGCAUUUAUAUGAAUCUUGGUGUGACAUCUGAAGACAUAGCGUGCUACUGUACGUUAGACAUUGGGCUGAAAACACGAACAGAUGUCAAGGAGAGGAUGGGACAUUUGAGCAUUUAUGGACUCUCGAAGAGUGUAUAUGCAUGUCUUAACGACAAAGAUAGUGCUGUAGAACCAUUAUUGCACAAGUUGUUGAUAUCAUAUGUUGAUCCUGUUGAAAAAGAAGAUGGCAUUCUGUGGGGUGGACACCAACCCAGUGAUGAAUGGAUCCAACAAUGCAAGCAAAUUGCGAAGAAUAUGGAGUUUUUACGAUAUAAACAAG